ACAUCACUUAUUACACUUCAAAAUACAAGCUUGUGAUUUCAAAAGAGUUACGUUACACAGAAUAAUCAAGGAUCAAAGAUGAUUAUGGAUAAAGCUUUCUUCCUUUGUGCCACUAUCUUUGUGAUCAGUUUUGCCUUUGGUAAUGGGAGAUCAAUUCGUGAUCCAGUUUUUCACUGCCUUUUUGAAACCUCAGAUGCCGCAGAGACAUGUUACAGAGCAGCCCAUAACCCCGCUGGUCUCCAGCGUGGAAGAAGUCUUGGAUUGGCUAUGAAGAGUCUUCUUCCGACAGAUAUCGACAACUGGCCUAGCAUGAAUAACAGCCAGAAGGCACAAAAGUGUUUGACAUCGUUGAAGAAUUUUAUGGCGCCACUCGAGGUUGUCAUGGCAAGCCUUAAACGGCCGCACUUUAACUGCAAGUCAUCGGGAAACACGUUGAACAAGACAGUCCAUGGAUUACAUCAACUCCUGGAGACAGCUAUUAAGGACAUUAACAUAUAUGCCCGUCGUCAAAGUAUUUCCCUGAAACCAUUUAAACUGACAUCUGUGGACAUGACAAGAAUGACAGCACUAGCCAAGAGGCAACUGAAACUGUCGGGAUUGUCGGCAAGUCGAGCAGUGGUAGUUCGAAAUUAUGUCUUCUUGGAUUACCUAAACGAAGUUGUUUCCGACAUAAAACUCACUCCAAGAUCCUGCUUUAAUACCAAAGUUCAGCUUAGUCAGAUUUGCCCAGUGUGAGAUCAGUUGACGGUGACCUGGAAAGAUCAAGUUUUUAAUCGCUAGAAAACGACAUUAUGGAUAAAAACAAACGCUUGCUCGAAUUUGAUUUAUUUGAAAUUUGCAACUUUCUAUUUUAAUAUAUACUUGGAGUAGGUCUAUUUUUUCAAGGAUAUGAAGAGGUUCAUUCGAACAGCUUCUCAUAUAGACUAUUCACAUUGAAUACAAAACUUAUUGUUCUGUAAGAAUAUUCAUGGUAAACUAUUUUGGUUGGAACAUAUGGUUAUAGGGAGAUGUUUAUUCAAACAGAUAUAUCAUACUAUUUAUUCAUUUUUAUACUCACUGAAAUAAAUGCAUUUGCUUGGCAA